UGUCGCGCCGCAUCCAGCAUCACUGAUUAUAAUGAGUUCUAUAGUAUUUUGUUGUGCCGAGCUGCUCGCGUCUGGUGUUCACGUUGUUAACUUUCAACACUGUAAAAUAGAAACUUGAAUAAUUUAAACAGGGUUGAACUGUCAUCUUAAAAUAUUGUAGUUGUUAACUAUUUUAAUUUAUUACAAAGCUCACCUAGAGUCAUGCUGCCAAUUCUGCCAAUUCACUCAACUAUUUACAGUAUUUAAAAUAUAAGCAUAUGCAUAAGGCUGUAACCAAAUAUUCAAUAUAGAUGAUAUUAAAGAAUCAAGAGAGAAAAAAUAUAGAUUUGUUUUCUACUAAUCUGAAUAUUGGAGGGAGCAUCUCCCUGUCGAACAACGGGACUGAGAUGGGAAAAGCACUUCUCGAGUGGUCCGUAAAAAUGUUUCAAGUGUAUUCAUACAAAACAGCACCAUUUUCUAAGAACAUGCCUUAUAAACGGUAUUCAAACCAGUUGAAUAAACAUGAGCUGAAAUGCCUUAUGGUGUUUAAACAAAGCAUUUCAGCUUCAUAUCUUAAAGGUGACACCAUCAUUGUGUUACAGUGGAAGAAUCACUAUGAGAGCAAACACCUGGAAAACUCAUUCCACAAUGAGCGCAACACAGCUGCUUUGAGAAAACGACUCAUUCCUCCCAGCAAUACUUUAGUCCUGAUGACCACAUGUUCCACCUGGAAGAACCUGCAUGUGCUCAGAACGGCUGUGAUUCAUCAUCAUCUAUCUGUACUGUAUAAGCACUGGCUGCUCUGGAGGCAGGUGUGUUCGAGGCGGUUCUUGAGAAGUCACCAGGAGUGGUGGUCAUGUGUUUGGUGGGACAGGAGACUCCAGAGCAAAGCCUGGACCCUGUGGACAUUAACCAGGCAGAGGACACAGCUGGCCGCACAUCAGUACAGGAUGCAUUUGUUAUCAUCACAAUGGAAGGACUGGAAGAUCAGGAACAGUCAGAAGAAGACGGAGAAGUUGAUUCAGUCCAUUCAGAGGAGCAACCUUCUUCACUCCUUCCAUCUCUGGAAGAAAAGAGCAGAAGCCUGUCAAAAAGACAGAGAAAAACAGUUGGUUUUGAGCCGACGCACCCUGCACUCCUGGCACUGCUACUUUCAGAAGAAAAAGCUAACACGGUUGAGCACCAGAGCACGAUGGAUGCUCUCCAGAUGGAUGUUAGCAGCAACCUUCAGGAAGUGGAGAGAUGUCUCAGACAGGAAGCAGGACACGAGGAGAUGUCUGGAAAGAGUGCGCCUCCUGCAGGAGAAGGGUAGGAUGCAGGCUGCGUUUGCAGUUUGGUGUCAAAGCGCUGGGGUGAGGAAGGCAUUAAGGAGAAUACGGGAGAAAUCACAGAGAGCUCAACUCUCAUGGUGUUUGUCAGCGUGGAGAGCACUGGUUCAGCGCAGUGCAUUACUUCUGCGUUACUGUGAUCAGAGAAAGGCGCUGGCACUCAAGACGUGCUUACAGCACUGGAGCAGAUCUCGACAGCUGCACGCUCUUCACAAGCAUUUCCUCAUCCAGCGGUUUCAUUCAGGACAGACACACACAGUGUUGAAAUGGAAAACAGGUAUUUCAGCAGAAGGACUAUCUGGCAGGCUCCUGCUCCACAACACUCUUCAGAAGUGGACAGAGAUAUUAGAGAAACGCCGGUUGGCAAAAUCGGCUCAUGAUCGGGCUGUUCUUCUGGAGUGGGACAGACACACUCAGGCUGCUGUCUCUGAUGGAGUUCUGCUCAUCACAGACAGACUGGCUCAUCUUCAUCCACCCUCCUCUGCCUCGUCCUGCUCAGACCCCCUGAUGUCCACCGCUGCGCCACAGGUUGUGUUUUCAAGAGCCCUCGGCAGGACGAUGCACCCUGCUCUGAGUCUGUGGAGGAGUCUAGUGCACACUAUCAGAGAGAGGAGACUGCAGGCGGAUCUCUGUAGAAACAGCAGGAGACGUGAAGAGCUGACUGGGGUUUUCAGGGUGUGGAGAGUUCAAACACAGAAGCAGCGCCAGGCUGUUAGACACUGGGAGAGAAGGGUGCUCUUUCAGUCAGUCAUUGAGUGGAAACAAAUGUUUUGGCAGAGACACAAGAAACACAUGUUUGAGCAGCAAGCGGCAGUUACUCAUGACAGCAGUCUACUCAGACACUACUUCACCGCGUGGACCAGGCUGGCCAUUGGGGCACAUUGUGAGCAGCAGAAGUGUGCUGUUGAAUGGAUGAAGUGCAGAAGAGAGAGACACAGACUGAAUGUGAGCUUUUCCAUGUGGGUUACAUGUGUACACCAGCAGCAGACCGCCGGAGCCAUUUAUAAUCACACACGACAGAACAGGUACACGUCAUAUCUGUGACAGCCUGAAGGGCACUGCAGGAUAUUUUA